CACUUUCAAUCACGUCUCCCCUCCUUCCACUUCUUAACAACGACGCGUCUAACAGUACAAAUCCAUGUUCAUCUUUCAUUCCGCGCGUAUCCAACCACCAGGAACUCGGUCAUGGUGACAGACACUCAAACAUGUCGAGUUUCUGUACUCACUCCUCUAAGCCGUGGCAAUGGAUAGAUUCGUAACGAGGGGGAAGAGGAAAGCCGAGUCAACUCUGGAGAAAAAUGUGGAUACCACACAAGCACAGCAGUCUAUCACCGCCUUGCGUAAUCCCAUCGACAACAAUCCCGACGGCGAUGGAGAAUCAACCGAUCUCAAACUGGCCAUACUUGCUUCAUUGCAUCCAGGCUUUAGCCAUGAUUCGCUACUGGAUCUUUUAAUCGCCCACGAUGGAUCUGUGGAAGCCACCACGGAGGCUUUGAAAAGCGCCCAAUACACAGGGGCAGCCAAGAAGAAACCAUCGGGUAUCACUUCACAGGCUUCCUUGCGCUCUUUCGCCGUUUCAUCUACCACUACCGAUGGCGACCAUGGUAGUGCUAGUGGUGCCACCCCGAAGAAACCCAAGCUCCUCUCCCGAAAAGGCGCAACACUCCAUCUCUACGACCCCUCCGACAUCAGCACCCACACGCCCUGCACCGUCAUCCACAACUUCCUCCCUCCCUCGGUCGCCAACGCCCUUUUGGUCGAGCUUCUAGAAGAAGCCAAAACCUUUGGCAAAACCACCUUCAAGCUCUUCGACAACGUAGUCUCCAGCCCUCACACAUCCGGCUUCUUCGUCGGCAGCGAUUACGAGCUCGCCGAGCAAAAAUCGGCCUACUUCUACAACGGCGCACGGCUCUCCGACAUCCGCCGGCUGACGCCUCAGCUGGAAAAGGUGCGGCCGUCGGUGCAGGAGGCCGUCAACGAGGAGAUCCAGACGCGCAUCCGGACUCACGGCCUGUACGGGGGAAAGAAACUCAAGUACCAGUCGCCCGAACCUUGGUCGCCCAACGCGGCGUUUGUGAACUUGUACGACGGCCCCGAACAGAAUGUGGGCUGGCAUAGCGACCAGCUGACGUAUCUCGGUCCGAGGGCCGUCAUCGGGUCCCUUUCCUUGGGGGUGGCGCGCGAGUUUCGGGUGCGUCGGAUUUUACCCAAGGAUAAGGACGAGGACGGUAACUCUAACAGUACCUCCAACACCAACCUCGACUCCCUGAACGAAGGCCAAAUUUCCAUCCAUCUCCCGCACAAUUCCCUCCUCGUGAUGCACGCCGACAUGCAAGAAGAGUGGAAGCACUGCGUGACGCCUGCGCAGGCCAUCGAUCCGCACCCGAUCUCGGGCAGGCGGCGCAUCAACGUCACGUAUCGCGAUUACCGGCCGGAGUUCCACCCGCGGUACACGCCGCGGUGCGCUUGCGGGAUCCCGACGAUCCUGCGGGUGGUGCAGAAGAAGAGGGAGAAUUGGGGCAGGUAUUUUUGGAUGUGUCAUGCUGGGAACCAGCCGGGUAAAGAGGCCUGCUCGUUCUUUCAGUGGGCGGAGUUUGAUGAUGAUGGGAAGCCGUUGUGGAAGAAGGGCACGGGUGGUCGCACCGCCGGGCUGGAACUCGAUACGAGGGAGUCAGGUCAACCACCCAAGAGCGCGGCUGGAUAACAGCUAUCACCGAUAGCAAGUCUUGAAGGAUACCCGGUAAUAAGAACACCACCGGUGGCGGAAUAGCCUUGUCCCUCGUAGACAAAUACUCGGUGGAGUCA